AUGAGUGACAUAAGACAUUUUUUGUGUAAAAAACGCAAGACUGAUGAUACGACAGCAACACCUAGUUCCAGUACAGAUCAUCAAAAAGAAGAUGAUUCGAAUUUUCAUGCCGAUGACGAACUUCGUCUGAAAUUAUUAAGAAAGCCCUGGAUUCCUAGUCAAACGUACAAUUUUAAAAAAGAUGUAAACCUUGGUGCUAAACGACGCGGUCUACAAGGACAAUUUAUUGUCUCCCCUUGCCUAAAGUAUCACAAAUUUUAUGAAGCUGCACAGUCUCAUGCAACAACGCAGUGUCAUCGUGACGCGAUUGUUUCUUCCAAAAAUUUUGAGAAAAUUAUGGAUAGGCAGCAACUGAGUGUUCAUGAAGCUUUAGAUUCGGCAUAUCACAAAGAAGUUGAAGAAAACAGAGUGAAACUUCGAUCAAUUAUAUCAACAAUUUUGUUUUGCGGACAGCAUGAUCUUCCACUUCGUGGGAAAAGUGAUGAGGGUUCUGUUUUCACAGAUCUGCUACAUUUUCGAAUUGAAUCUAGGGACAAGAUUUUGAAGAAUCAUUUGGAAUCCGGAGCAAAAAACUCCUUGUAUAUAUCGCAUCAAAUUCAAAACGAUUUUAUUCAAACUUGUUCUGAUGUACUUAAAGGCAAAAUAAUUGAGGAGGUGAAGCAUGCAUCUGUUUUUUCGGUGUUGGCUGAUGAGACUGCUGAUAUUAGUGGUACAGAGCAAUUAUCAAUUGGUGUUCGGUAUCUGCGUUGUGAUCAAAAAAACAAAAAGCCGAUAAUUUGUGAAGAAUUUCUGGGAUUUGUAUCACUGCAAGCACUAAACUCUAAAUCCAUUUCAGAAACUAUUAUUCGAUUUUUAGAAAAUUGCGAUUUGAAUUUAAACCGACUCAUUGGCCAAGGGUAUGACGGCUGUGCUGCAAUGGUUGGUCACAUAAGUGGCGUUCAGAAACUAAUUAAUGACAAGUAUCCUAUGGCGUUGUUCUUCCACUGUGCUAGCCAUACAUUGAAUCUUGUCAUCAAUGACCUGAAUGAUGUCAAUGAAGUGAGAAAUACUGCUGGGACGACAAAAGAAAUUAUAAAUUUUUUUAGGGAAAGUACUUUACGGCGGAACAUGAUUCCCAAUAUCCCUCUGUUUUGUGAAACGCGCUGGUCGGUAAAAUAUAAGAGUAUCAGAAUAUUUUCUGAGAAUUUUUCUAAAAUCGUACGAGCUUUAAAAGAACUUUCAGAGAACGCACCAAACUCGAAGACGAAGGUCAAAGCUCAUAAACUCUACACGACUGCAACAACUCCAACCUACAUUGUGACGCUCUUAGUCAUUGCUAUUUAUUCCGCCAAACUUGAACCUGUGUGCAAUCAACUCCAGCAACUUCACCCAGAUGCUAUGAAAAAACUGGAUGAAGUAUCAUUUCGUGCUGUUGCAGAAAACAUAAAUAGUCUUUACGGAGAUACUUUAUCGAAUUUUAUCGCCGAGAUUACCACAUGGUACGAGAUGUGGAAAAAUGAAGCAACUACAAAUGAAUCCUUCGAGUACGCAGAUUUGAUUUGUCAAGCAACACCGUUCUACCCAGCUAUAGCUGAAGCAAUCAAAAUUGGCCUGACUCUCCCAGCGACAACAUGUAGCAUUGAACGCUCAUUCAGUACAUUACGGCGCGUCAAAACUUGGAAUCGGUCUACGAUGGGAGACGAGAGGCUAAGUGGACUGUGCAUUCUCAGCGUUCAUAGGAAAAGAGUGCAAGAGGACACUGAAUUCAUUGAUAAUGUAACAAAUGAAUUUGGAAAGCAACCAAGACGGCUUAAAUUCUUGUUCCAACAUUGA